AUGGCGAUCUCAGAGAAUUAUGUCACUGAAUCGCAAGUGGCAUCGACGGGGUAUGUGAUGAUAGCUCUCUCCAGCAUCGUAUUCUUUGGGCGGUUUGGAUUGCGGUUUUGGAAAUCGGUCCCGCUUCAACUGGAAGAUUUGUUCGUUGUCUUGUCAUGGCUUUCUUUCCUCGCAAUGACGACCCUCUACCUCAUUGUUAUGCCGCGUUUAUAUAGACUUACUGCCUUCCUGGCCGGCGGACCUGCAUAUGCCGAGUUCGUGGACGAUGUGCUAUUCAUCAAAAAGAUAUUCUUCUGCACGACACUCUUGCUUUGGGUAUCGCUGUGGUCGGUCAAGUUUAGUCUGCUGGUUUUGUACCGGCGUCUGUUGUCCCGUCUGAAAACCGAAAUUCGUCUGUGGUGGGCGGUUCUGAUAUUCACUGCCCUGAAUCUAAUAGGAUGCAUCAUCUCCAAUUUGACCUCCUGCAGCAGCUUAUCAGCAUGGUUCAGUCUCACUGGAUGUUCAAGUCCCAAGGAAGUUAAGGCCCAGCUUGCCAGUUUGUAUUAUUCAUUCGCGGUUGACGUGAUCACAGACAUUAUGAUCAUGGCCUUGCCCGUGAAACUAUUGUGGUCGCUCCGAUUACCGUUCAUUCAGAAAGCAAGUCUUGGAGCUCUCUUCAGCGUUGGCAUCAUUUGCAUUGUGAUGGCCACCAUACGAGUUGUUCAGAUCGGAACAAAGGCGGAAAAUAACAGCACGCCGAGCAGCUCGUGGCUGGCAUUUUGGGGAAUUCUCGAAGCAGGCAUAGCGGUCAUUAUCGGGUGCCUUCCUGCCCUCGCCAUCAUAUAUCGUAAAGAACGAGCCACCAAGCGCUCGUACGGCAGGGAAUAUUCCUCAAUGGAAGGAUAUAAGAACAAAAAUAGCAUUCCGCUAUCGGACGCGUCUAGCGGGGGAAACAAGCCACUGGUGGAGCUGGAUGAUUACCAUUCAGCACCUGCUCCGACCGUCCCCAAGAGUAGGAGUACCGGAAUUGCGGUAACUCAACAAGUCGAUAUACACGAAGAGUUUGUCUCCGGUCGCAUUCCUAGAUAUUAA